AAUAGGCCUGUUCCACUAAUUCAUCCUGAGAAAUUUGAUUCUGGUGUAUGAACCAACGAUUCCUUCCAUUGAUUGAAGCUUGACUGUAACCUGCCACGUUCUACGAAUACGAUGCUCCUCAACUCAACUCACUGCAACAAUUAGCUUAAAGAAGAAAAUGGAAAGCAAAAAUGAAGAAAAUGAAAUUCGAUUUUCGAAUCCAUUUACUUUGAAAGUUGGUCAAGUAUUUACUGGUUUUGGAAUCGGUUGUGGAGUUGGUAUCGGUGUUGGACGCCCUUUAAAUUUAGGUGCAAUACCUAUGUUGAAUCAAGUUAUGAGUGCGACUAGAGGUGCAACUGAUGCAUUUUCUGGUGUUAGCAGGCAUGUUAAUACUUCUUUGAGGAAGAUUGGAGCUAAGAAUAUUGAAGUGGGUGUUGGAUGUGGAGUUGGUUUCGGUCAUGGUUUUGGAGCUGGACUUGCUGUGAAGCCAGGAGUGUUGAAUCAAAUUCAAUCCUGUCUCGUAAUGACAAUGACUAAGAUGAUGAUUAAGUUUGGAAUUACUCCCAGUUUACCGUUUAAUCUGGGUGUAUUGCCAGCAUCCUUACAAAGUGCCACAGGCGCAGUCAGUUCUGGAAGCGUGACACAGUUAGCAGCUAAAUCAGCUGAUCAGUUAUCUCAAGGUCUAGCAGGGACUCAACCAAUGAACAUUGGUUUGGCUUUUGAUAAAACUGCCGUAAAAGACACUUCAGUUGACUCUACAUAUGGCAGUCGAACUGAGAAGGUUCUUAACAAUUUUCUGCAAAAUCCACUGUUGAAAGGAGAAGGAGGAGGACCUACUGAAUCAGCUGGACGCUUGAUCGCAGAGAACAAAAUACUUCAGAUGGUUUUGAAACACCAGCAAAUGAUUGAAGAACUUGUGGAGGAAAAUGAGAAGCUUCGGCAGAUACUAGUGAAGGAGCUGAAAGUUCCACCCAGCAAACUUGAAGCUAGUUCUUCAGAUCUUUACACCCGGUCUUCAAAAAGAGAGAAUAAUAAUAGUCAGAAAGCAAAAAGCUAAAAGAAAAAUCUUACAACAUGAGGUGGAAUUUCCAUGCCUAAUUAUUAAUUUGACAAGUACGUUUUUUUUAAUGUGUGAGUAUAUCGAAUAUUCUAUCAAUAAUUUCAGUUAAAUCGAUUUGUUUAGUGUUAAUCAUGAACUCAUGAUCCCUUUGUGAAGUAGUAACAAAUAUGUAUUAAAUCGAUUUGUUUAGUGUUGAUCAUGAACUCAUGAUCCCUUUGUGAAGUAGUAACAAAUAUGGAAAAAUGUAUAUACAUGGAGAAAGUAUAAUUUAUACAAGUCA